GUCAUCCGUCGCCGACAAUUAGUACCGCAUCGACCUCGAAAUCCGACAAAAAUAAAAAUAAUUGGGUGAAAAUUAAAAUAAUUUAUUAUUUGGUUCUAAACUUUCAAGGACGUUGUUUGUAAAUACAGGACACACGUUCCUACAAACAUUUUCAAAUGGUCUAGCUAAAGCAAAGUUCGGAUUUAUUUCCUUCCGUUCAAAACAAUUUCAACCAAAACACUUAUACCCGUGAUUCCUUAAGCAACGAUUACCCAACAUGUUGCCCGUCACAGUUUUCCGCCAAGUGGCCCGUCGUGGCUGUGGCUUUAAAAAUUUAACGGAACUUGUUUCGCCGGGCAAUAGUUCCCACAUGCCCAAUGCUGUUAUCAACUGUCUGAAUCGUUAUGCGGCUGCUACCGGUUUUAUACGCAUUUCAUUUCUGGAUGUUAAUCAAUAUCGUAAUUGGGAUGUGGCCACUUUGCGUAUGUAUGCCGAUCGCAAAAAACAAUUACUGCACAUGAAAACCCUCAAGGGUCGUGACAUGCUGCAGGAUGUGUUAGAUAAGCAGCGUGAACAGUUUAUAGAACGCAAAAAUGAAAUUGCUGAUGAUAUUCGAGAUGCAAUCGACAAGAAACGGGAAUCAUUUAUAGAACGCAAAAAUGUAAUAGCUGAGGAUAUAAGGGAGGCACGCCAUAAAGUCCAACAGAGGGUGCGUGAGAAAAUGGAAGAGGUCGAAAGGGAGAACAUCAUGACCAUACCGAAUAUGUUGACAAUGGGCCGCAUGGUACUAUCGCCCUACAUUGGUUAUGUUAUAGUGGAUGGGAAUUAUGAAUUGGCCAUAAGUUUGUUGGUUGUGGCCGGUAUUUCAGAUUUGCUUGAUGGACAAAUAGCUCGAAGAUGGCCAAAUCAGGCAAGUAAGGCUGGUUCUUUUCUAGAUCCUGCUGCCGAUAAAGUGCUCAUGGGUUCAUUGGUUAUAUCAAUGGGCUACUGUGAUUUAUUGCCCCUGUGGUUGGCUGGCACUAUUUUGUUCCGUGAUGUUUUUCUGAUUGCUGCGGGAUUUGUUAUUCGCUAUAUUAGUUUGCCACCGCCACGGACCUUCUCCCGUUAUUUUGAUGCAACACAUGUUACUGCUCAGUUGGAACCAACCCUAAUAAGUAAAAUUAAUACUGGAGUGCAAUUAGCAGCCGUUGGCAUUAGUUUAGGAGCACCAAUGUGGGGAUAUUUAGAUCACACUGCCUUACAUGGUCUGUGGUACCUGACUGGGGCCACAACAGUAGCUGCCGCUUUAAGUUAUAUUUUAGAUAAGAAUACAUUUAAAAUUUUAAGCAAACAUGUCCCAAAGAAAUAGGAAAUGAUACGGAAAGUAAAAGAACAAUUUGUUACAUAAAUGAGAAAUCAUCAUAAAUGGUUGAACAUAUCGAAUGCUUCCUGUUGCAAUAUAGACGCCUUACUAGCAGCCAUAACAGAAAAACUAGACUAUAACUAGCAGCUGUCUAAAAUAUUAUGUCCCCUAUUUUAAUAUAUAUUUUUUUUCAUUUCGUGAAAAGUUAUUUUUUGUGUUAAUUUUUUGUUUUUUUCUCUUUAUUUUAAAAAUAAUUUCUUUUCAAAAGAACUGAACAUUUUUUGUUAUUUUUAAAGAAAAGAAAAACACCAACAUGUAUAAUAAAGUUCCGAAAUUUUGUGAAAUUACAUAUAUUUCAAUA